CAGCUUCUGGUUUACGCCGUGAGUCUGUCAAGAUGACGUAGCGUGCGGUAAACCUAUCAAUUGCGCAAUACACCGGUUCUUAAACCAUAUCUUGUCGAUGGUUGCGGGAAACGUCAGCCCGUCUUGACAGUGUCUCCAGCAUCGUGUCGCGUGCUCUCUUCUCCGUCGUCGACAAGCAAGCGAGAAAAUGCAAAUACUACGGCAGCUGGACGUGCAUCCGAAGGUGCGCGAGGAAGCCGAUAUUCUCGUGAGGACCUUCAGCGGUGCUAUCGUUACAAUCAUUAGUACUAUCAUCAUGGGCAUAUUAUUUAUGUCAGAGAUAAAUUACUAUCUCACGCCAACUAUGAGCGAGGAAUUAUUUGUAGAUACGUCUAGGGGCUCUAAGCUAAGAAUUAACUUGGACAUAAUAGUGCCAACUAUAUCUUGUGAUUUGUUAUCGAUAGAUGCAAUGGACACAACCGGUGUACAGCAUCUGCAGAUAGAACACAAUAUCUUCAAGAGACGGUUAGAUUUGAAUGGUAAACCCAUAGAGGAUCCACAAAGAACAAAUAUCACAAAGACAAAAGCUCUCAUGAAAUCUACAAACGAGGAAACACAGGUCAGCUCUACCACAGAGGCCUGUGGGGAUUGCUACGGAGCGGCUACCGAGAUGUUAAAGUGUUGUAAUACUUGUGAGGAGGUACGAGAGGCCUACAGACUGAAAAAGUGGGCCAUGCCAGACAUGGCUCAGAUCAAACAAUGUCAAAACGACAAGUCCGCGGACAAGUUCAAGCAUGCCUUCACGCAAGGCUGCCAGAUCUAUGGUUAUAUGGAAGUGAACAGGGUCGGUGGUAGUUUCCACAUCGCGCCGGGCGACAGCUAUUCUGUCAAUCAUGUGCAUGUGCAUGACGUUCAACCUUACACGUCGAAUCACUUCAAUAUGACGCAUAAAAUUAGACAUUUGAGCUUUGGACUCAACAUCCCAGGAAAGACAAAUCCUAUGGAUGAUACCACUGUGGUUGCUGCAGAAGGUGCUAUGAUGUUUUAUCACUACAUCAAAAUUGUGCCAACGACGUAUGUCCGCGCGGACGGCUCGACCCUGCUAACGAAUCAGUUCUCUGUGACGCGACACUCGAAGCGGAUGCCACUGUACAUGAGCGAUUCCGGCAUGCCUGGCAUAUUCUUCAGCUACGAGCUGAGCCCGCUCAUGGUGAAGUACACGGAGAAGGCGAAGUCAUUCGGACACUUUGCGACGAACACCUGCGCGAUCAUCGGCGGCGUGUUCACCGUGGCGGGUCUGAUAGACUCGCUGUUGUAUCAUUCAGUGCGUGCAAUACAGAAGAAGAUAGAAUUAGGAAAAUACAAUUAAGAUUCGGGACCCGGUUGACAUCGAUUGCGGUCAAUCCCGAUCGGCACUGCUUCCCCCUUCUCAGCGAUUUUCAAACUUUCAAACGUAUUUGACAAAUUUUUAAAAAAUCUGUCUGGUUUUUCAUAGCGAAGAGAGCGAACCGCUGAGAGCGGGUCGGGUUUGGCAUUAGUAGUUGAUGCGACAUUUAGGCGAAUAAUUAAAAAAAAAAUUACAAGAAGUAUUAAUGAACAUUAUGCUCAAGGAGCAUCGACUUUUCUAUCGGGGGCCGAUAUUUUCGCUACGAAUUCUCACCGCACGUUUAGUGCUAAAUACGGCCGUUAAUAAUCUCAUCUGAUUUUCCGAUCCGUCUAAGAAUCCCGCAAAAUAUUAAUAUAAAUAUGAGUAAAUUCACAGGGCUCGAUAAAUAGGCGUAUUUGGCGCUAUACAUGCAAUGCGAAUGAUGCAAUACUCUUUUUCUUUUGUGGUGUAAGGACCAUUACACACAAAAUGCCAUAGCAUGUGCAUAGUAUAAGAUUGUCUCGACCAAUGAGUAUGCUCCGCAAAUCAAUGUGACAACUUUUUCCUAGAUAUUCAUUGGUUAAGAUAGUUUUAUGCUAUGCAUAUACAGCUAUGUUGUUUUGUUUGCGAUAGUCCUAAAGAAAAAAAAAACAAACUAUAUUAUAACGUUUGCUGAGCAUAUUUUCCGUCGUUUUAUUUGUUAACUCUUCAUUGCGUUUGUCUAAGGGAAGAUUUUAUCUUCUACAUCUUAUUACAUAAAUAUGACAUAAAAUUUGAGUCUGAAACUUCCUGAUUUUUCAUUUAUAACUCCCUAGAUUAUAUAUUUGUAUCGUUUUCUCGAUUCCGUUAUUAUAAUUUUUGCUAAUAAACAUUUUGAAAGUGUCAGUACGCGACAGACAUAUGCGCUACGUUCAUAGUGAGAACAAUACGUACAACGCGAAUCGCGCUGUUGCCAAACAGCGUUGCUGUUGCUUUGACUUUACUCUGGCAAAUUAAACAGCUGAAUUUUUUAACAUUUUAACCGAAUUUUCUUAUUUGUACAAGACUGUGUUGAUGCAAUAAUAAAUAAAAUUUCAUUUAAAAUU